GAGCCGGUGGCGGGCGGGUCUCGCCAUGUGAUGCGGCGGCGGCGGCGGCGGCGAGCCCGGCAGGCCGGAGAUGCGGGAGCCAUGGAGCUGAGCUGCAGCGAGGUGCCUCUCUACGGACAAAUGACAAUCUUUGCAAAGUUUGGGAAAAAUGUUUAUCUUCCUGAAGAUGCCGAAUUCUACUUCAUUUACGAUGGGUCUCAUCAGAGACACGUGAUGAUCGCGGAGCGCAUUGAGGACAACGUUCUCCGAUCCAGCAUUCCAGGCCACCAGCUUCAGGAGACGGUGAUGGUGUCUGUGUGCCUCUGCUCAGAGGGUUACUCCCCGGUGACCAUGGGCUCUGGCUCAGUGACCUACGUGGACAACAUGGCCUGCAGGCUGGCUCGUUUGCUGGUUACUCAAGCUGACCGCCUUACAGCCUGUAGCCACCAGAGCCUGCUGACCCCGUUCGCCCUGACCGUGGACGCUCUGCCUGCCUUGGAUGAAGAGCUUGUGCUAGCUCUGACCCAGCUGGAGCUGCCUCUGGGCUGGACGGUUCUGGGAAAUCCUUCCCUUGAAGCAUCUCUACACAGAGAGUCCCUCCUGCACCUGGCUGCGAGGUGGGGCUUGGCUAAGCUCUCCCACUUCCUCUUGUGUCUCCCUGGGGGAGUCCAGGCCCUGGUAUUACCCAAUGAAGAGGGUGCCACACCAUUAGACUUAGCUUCCCGUGGCGGACACUCCAUGCUGGUGGAAGACAUCAUGAAUUUUCAGAGUGGCUGUUCCCCAAGCUUCUCCCGUGCGUGGCUCAGUGAAGAUGCCUGUUUGCAGUUCCUUCACUCAUCAGAAACGUUGACCCUGACCCUUAACCACACUGCCGAGCAUUUGUUGGAGGCAGAUAUUAAACUCUUCCGGAAAUACUUUUGGGACAGAGCCUUCCUUGUCAAGGCUCUUGAGCAAGAAGUGAGGCCAGAGGAAGGACCGAGCAUGCCCUCCGGAGCUGCAGAAACUGAGGAAGAGAUUAAGAAUUUGGUGUCUGACAGAUCUCUACGGGAGGAGGAUGGAAAGUGUGUCACGAGGCUGCUGGACCAACAGAAAGGACAUGAAGAUCAGGACAGCCUAGAUUCGGUUAACUCCUUUGAUGGCCACAAAAAACCCAAGCAUGUCCCGGCGUUCCUUGCUGCAGGCCGGCUCUCUGACGUACUGAACGGGGGCGAUGAAGUCUAUGCUAACUGUAUGGUGAUAGACCAGGUUGGCGAUUUGGAUAUUAACUAUAUUAACUUAGAGGGACUGUCUGCCCACACCAGCCCUGAGUCCAUGGGCUCCACUCUGGGGUCUCAGAGUUGGCGGCACGGCCUUCCUUCUGACACCAGUCCCUGCAUAGACCCUUUGGGAGACACCAGUGAAGUGACAGCCAAUGCCACAGCCCCACAGGACUUCAUGUCACCACCUGGCUCCUGCACUUCUAAUUUGAAUCUUUCUUUUGGUCCUCAUGGAUUAGAGAAGGAGCAAAGUCAUCUAAAGAAACGAAGUUCCAGCCUCGAUGCCCUGGUGGCGGACAGUGAAGGCGAAGGGAAUUCUGAGCAGCCGCGUGUUUUCUAUACUCCAGCAUCUCAGGGGUCCUCAGGAACUGGGGUUCACAGUGGAGAUGAACUGGACUCUUUUGAGACCAACACUGAAUCAGAUUCUAAUAUCUCCAGGACGGAAUCACUUUCUCUGUCAAGUAACCUGCAUUCGAAGGAAUCGUUACUUUCUGGAAUCCGAUCUCGUUCUUAUUCCUGCUCAUCACCCAAGAUCUCUUUAGGAAAAACUCGGCUGGUGCGUGACUUCACAGUGUGCAAUGCCAGUGACGAGCAAAGAGCUUAUAGCUUCCCAGAGCCACCAGGAGAAAAAAGAAUUCAAGAGGAAGAAUGGGAUAAAUACAUCAUCCCUGCCAAAGCAGAGUCUGAAAAAUAUAAAGUAAGCCGGACUUUCAGCUUCCUCAUGAAUAGGAUGACCAGCCCUCGGAACAAAUCUAAGAUGAAAAGCAAAGAUACCAAAGACAAAGAAAAGCUGAGCCGACAUCAGUUUGUCCCAGGAACAUUCUCUGGGGUCCUACAGUGUUCGGGUUGUGAUAAGACGCUGCUUGGGAAAGAGUCACUCCAGUGUUCCAACUGUAACACAAAUGUACAUAAGGGUUGUAAAGAUGCCGUACCUCCAUGUACCAAGAAAUUCCAAGAGAAAUAUAACAAGAACAAACCACAGACCGUCCUUGGAACUUCCUCAGUGAGAGACAUCCCACAGCCCGGGCUCUCCUUACACCCUUCCUCCUCCAUGCCUAUCGGAUUGCCAGCUGGAAGGAAGGAAGCUUCAGGGCAGGUCCAUCCACUGUCCAGAAGUGUUCCCGGCCCAACCUCGGACAGCUUCAGGAGGUCAGUGACAUCCUUGGAGUCUGAGGGUGACAGUAACAACUGGCGAAGCAGGUCUCACUCCGAUGAGCUGUUCCAGUCCAUGGGCUCCUCGCCCUCCACCGAGUCCUUUGUGAUGGAAGAUGUCGUGGAUUCUUCUCUGUGGAGCGACCUCAGCAACGAGGAGUUUGAAGCGGAAUCGUGGAGUCUCGUCGUGGACCCUUCAUUUUGCAGUCGGCAGGAGAAGGAUGUCAUCAAGAGACAAGAUGUCAUCUUUGAGCUGAUGCAGACGGAAACCCACCACAUCCAGACCCUGUUCAUCAUGUCGGAGAUUUUCAGGAAAGGCAUGAAGGAGGAGCUGCAGCUGGACCACAGCACCGUGGACAAGAUCUUCCCCUGCCUAGAUGAGUUGCUGGAGAUACACAGGCUUUUCUUCUUCAGUAUGAAGGAGCGCAGGCAGGAAUCCUGUGUUGGCAAUGAUAGGAAUUUUGUAAUCAACCGAAUCGGAGAUAUUCUGGUGCAACAGUUUUCAGAAGAAAAUGCAAGUAAAAUGAAGAAGAUAUAUGGAGAAUUCUGUAGCCAUCACAAAGAAGCCGUUAGUCUCUUUAAAGAACUCCAGCAGAAUAAAAAGUUUCAGAAUUUUAUCAAGCUCCGAAACAGCAAUCUUUUGGCUCGACGCCGAGGAAUUCCGGAGUGCAUCCUGCUGGUCACCCAGCGCAUCACCAAGUACCCGGUCUUGGUGGAGCGGAUACUGCAAUACACCAAGGAAGGAACAGAGGAGCAUAAAGACUUAUGCAAAGCCCUCGGCUUAAUUAAAGACAUGAUUGCAGCCGUGGACCUAAGAGUCAAUGAAUAUGAGAAAAACCAAAAGUGGCUUGAGAUCCUAAGCAAAAUCGAAAACAAAACCUACACAAAGCUCAAGAACGGCCACGUGUUUAGAAAGCAGGCCUUGAUAAGUAAAGAAAGGACUUUGUUACAUGAUGGACUUGUCUACUGGAAAACGGCGACAGGUCGUUUCAAAGAUAUCCUAGCUCUGCUUCUAACUGAUGUGCUGCUCUUCCUACAAGAAAAAGACCAGAAGUACAUCUUUGCCGCUGUUGACCAGAAGCCGUCCGUUAUUUCCCUCCAGAAGCUUAUCGCUAGAGAAGUUGCCAACGAGGAGAGGGGCAUGUUUCUGAUCAGUGCUUCCUCAGCUGGUCCCGAGAUGUACGAAAUCCACACCAACUCGAAGGAGGAAAGAAAUAACUGGAUGAGGCGGAUCCAGCAGGCAGUAGAAAGUUGCCCCGAAGAAGAAGGGGGGAGGACAAGUGAAUCUGAUGAGGAGAGGCGGAAGACUGAAGCCAGAGUGGCCAAAAUUCAGCAGUGUCAAGAAAUACUCAGUAACCAAGACCAACAAAUUUGCACAUAUUUGGAAGAAAAGCUACAUAUUUACGCUGAACUUGGGGAACUGAGUGGUUUUGAGGAUGUCCACCUAGAACCCCACCUCCUCAUUAAGCCUGAUCCAGGAGAGCCACCCCAGGCAGCCUCCUUACUAGCAGCAGCACUCAAAGAAGCGGAGAGUCUGCAAGUUGCUGUAAAGGCCUCACAGAUGGGUGAUGUAAGUCAGUCAUCUGAGGAAGGCUGUGGGGAGUCCCCAUCCACAGACACACUCAGUUCUCUGGAUGUACCAGGAUCGCCUUCUGCUUCACUAGUCACAGAAGGGACAGAAGGAAGAGGCUGUUGGGAUGUGGAUCCUGGGCUCCAAGGUGUGGUAACCAGCUUGGAGGUCUCUGGUGCAGGGGAAAAGGUGGAAUACAGAAGUUUUCCAGGUUCUUCACAGUCAGAGAUUAUACAAGCUAUCCAGAACUUGACCCGUCUCCUGUACAGCCUUCAGGCGGCCCUGACCAUCCAGGACAGUCACAUUGAGAUCCACAAGCUGGUUCUGCAGCAGGAGAGCCUGGCUCCGGGCAGUUCCUUCCGCGGUGGCCCCUUUCCGGAGCAGGAGAAACCCCGCCACCCGGAGAAGCAGCUCGAGGAGCUGGCCGACCUCCAGCGGCUUCAGCACCAGUUCCAGCAGGAGCAGCGGCGCUGGCGCCGCACGUGCGACCAGCAGCAGCGGCAGCAGGAGGCCCAGGAGAGCCGGCUGCAGGCGCGGGAGCGCGAGUGCCGCACCCAGGAGGAGCUGCUGCUGCGCAACCGCAGCGAGCUGGACCUCCAGCUGCAGGAGUACCAGCAGAACCUGGAGCGGCUGCGCGCCGGCCAGCGCCUGGUGGAGAGGGAGAGGGAGAGGAUGCGCGUCCAGCAAGGCCUGCUGGACCACUGGAAACACAGUCGCCAGAGGAGCCUGCCGGCCGCGUUCCCUCCUGGGAACAAGGAGGUAAUGGAACUUAAUCGGUCUGAGAGUUUGUGUCAUGAAAACUCAUUCUUUGUCAACGAAGCUUUAGUAGAAAUGUCACUUAACACGUUUAACAAAUCGAAUCCAUCAGGUAUCCACUGGGAUACCUCUUAUCCCCCGAAUAUAUCUAAUCCUGAUUUGGUAAGGACUAGUGACAAUGAAUCAGACCUGAAGACAGACGAUUCUCAGCCUCCGGAUGUCCACCACGAACUUUGGACAGCCACAGCGCCCUGCCAACAGACAGCCCCUCUCCACGGCAGCAGCAAGGAUUCUUGUACCAAUGAUUUGGAUGGCUCCCAGACCAAGUCCCCAUUCCCUCAGGACUCAAAUCCUCACCACCCCCAGCCACAGACAUUCACGGUAGAGGCAAAACUAAAUCUACAGACAGCGGCCAGACCCGACGGGGAUGCUGGAGACGGAGCUGAAGAGAACAUUGUUUACCUCUGAUCAUGUUGUCAUGAUUUCUUCCAGACAAACAAGAACACUGGCACUUUUGGGAGAACCCCUCCCCCAAUUCCUUGUGUGUGUGGUUGUCUGUGCCCAAAUUGCUUUAAGAAUAUUUAAUAUUUCAUGCAAGUUCAUUUUUUUUUGGCAUGAGCCUAGUAAUUAAAUUAUUGAAAACAGCCCUGUUUAUAUAAUCUCUUAACUUAUCACACUUACUUUCAGGUUUCUGGGGGAGCAACUAACUUGAAUUAGCUGAAGUCUAUUCAAAGGUGUUUUGACUUUAAAAUUCAAUAUUGUAUUUUGUUCCCAAUCAUCAGGACUUUGAAAUGCCUUUUAAGAUCAAGGUGAAGCAAUUUGGAUCUGGAGGAUGAUUAUUUACAAAGGGUGAACGUUCACUGUCAGAGCCAAUGCUUAUAGAGAGUGGCCGUUCAAACCCAAAAGGCAGAGCAGGGUGUGGGAGAUGCCUUUCUCAGCUGCUUUCCUGGGCUGACUUCUCUUUGGUACACACCAAAGUUGGAAAUCUGUCACAGUCAUCCUUUAGCCAAUGAGUCCUGCUUAGACAUCAGUUCGGAUCCAGCAGCCACUCGAUCAGGGGCACAGUCUGGUCAUACCCAGGGCACUAUGGCUCUAGUGCUGGUGGGUUUCAAGUCCCUGUUCAGCAAUAUCUGUCAGCCCAGAGCCCCCAGCAAGACGGCGUAGAGGCCGGGGACUACCAACCGAUUGGGAAGGAGGCCAGCCGCCCUACAGUUCUUUAAAGACAAAACUGCUCUUUUCUUGGUGAAGCUUUCUGCCUGGAUGAGCUUCUCUACAAAGGACAAGUAGCACUUCUGACUUUCAGAAUAACAUGGAUCCCUGUGAGAAAAUAAACCUGGAAACGUUCUCAUCUUGUUCUUCAGAAAUAUCUGUAUAUGUUUUUGGUCAGUGUCAAUAAAUAUCUUUUACCUCA